UCCUUAGCAUCUUGGAACUCGAAGGUAGACUGCUUUGGAACAUGGAGGCUCUACUCACCACGGGAGCUCAGAGGCAUAUCUGAGACUUUGUUACUGAUUGAUUACUGUCUAUUAAUCACGGAAGACGUCAAAGCCGGACCCUUAAAGCAAGGAAUUGCCCGCCUCUGCCAGCAAUCUCCUCGCCAGCUGCCCCUGCUCCUCCUCAGCUUUCUCCGGUCCCUGUCCUACACAGCAAGCGGAGCGCUGGCGGCGAAAGGCUCUACCCAGGAAAACCAAAGCCCACGCUUCCACCUCGGGAUCGGAUGCAGUGUCUCCCAGCGGCUGCCCACCACUUUCUGCAGCCAUCCAUCAUCCUCAGCCAUCCAGCGGCUGACCCUCUUGGGGAAGAGGAUUUGCCGCCAUGGACCUGGCCUACGUCUGUGAGUGGGAGAAGCGGUCGAAGAGCAGUCACUGCCCGUCCAUGCCCCUGGUCUGCGCCUGGUCCUGCCGCAACCUGAUCGCUUUCACCACUGAUCUCAAAAACGAGGAGGAAAAAGACCUGACCCACCUCAUCCACAUUUUGGACACGGAGCACCCCUGGGACGUCUAUUCCAUCAAUUCGGGACACGUUGAAAUCAUCACCUGCUUGGAAUGGGACCAGUCAGGCUCCCGGCUGCUCUCGGCCGAUGCCGACGGGCAAAUCAAGUGCUGGAGCAUGGUGGAGCACCUGGCCAACAGCUGGGAGAGCGCCGUGGGCAGCGCCGUGGAGGGGGACCCAGUCGUGGCUCUCACGUGGCUCCACAACGGGGUGAAGCUGGCUUUGCAUGUCGAGAAGAAAAAGGAGGGUAGUGUUUCUCAUCUGUUCCUCCCCAUCUCUGUGGGAUCACUCUGGCCUCCUUCCGUUCCCCAGUCUGGAGCCCCAAAUUUUGGGGAGAAGUUUUCGCGGGUAAAGUUCUCGCCGUCGUUGACCGUCUUCGGUGGGAAGCCCAUGGAAGGCUGGAUCGCCGUCACCAUCAGCGGCCUGGUCACCGUCUCGUUGCUGAAGCCCAACGGGCAGGUGCUGACGGCCGUGGAGCACCUCUGCCGCCUGCGCUGCCGGGUGGCCCUGGCCGACAUCGCCUUCACAGGCGGGGGCAACAUCGUGGUGGCCACCUCCGACGGCAGCAGCGCCUCCCCGGUCCAGUUCUACAAGGUCUGCGUCAGUGUCGUGAACGAGAAGUGCAAGAUUGACACCGAGAUCCUGCCGUCCCUCUUCAUGCGCUGCACCACAGACCCGAUCCGGAAGGACAAGUACUUGGCUAUCACCCACCUGAAGUUCCUUGCGCGGGACAUGUCCGAGCAGAUGUUGCUCUGUGCCUCUAACCAGAACAACAGCAUCGUGGAGUGUUGGUCUCUCCGGAAAGAAGGCUUACCCGUCAACAACAUAUUCCAGCAGAUUUCGCCCACUGUUGGGGACAAGCCCCCCAUGAUCCUGAAGUGGCGCAUCCUCUCGGCCACCAACGACCUGGACCGGGUGUCAGCCGUGGCCCUUCCCAAGCUACCCAUUUCCUUGACCAGCACCGACCUGAAAGUGGCUAACGACACCAAGUUCUUCCCGGGCCUGGGUCUUGCUCUGGCCUUCCACGACGGCAGCAUCCAGAUCAUCCACCGCCUCUCCCUCCAGGCCAUGGCCGUCUUCUACGGGGCCUCCUCCCAGCGCUCGGGGGACGAGCCGGCCAUCAAGAGGCGUCCUGGUGGCCCCCAAGUCCACUUCAAAGCCCUGCAGAUGUCCUGGACCUCCUUGGCCCUGGUGGGGAUCGAUAGCCACGGGAAGCUCAGCAUGCUCCGGAUCUCGCCCUCCAUGGGCCACAUCCUGGACGUCAACAUCUCGCUCCGCCACCUGCUGUUCCUGCUGGAGUACUGCAUGGUGACCGGCUACGACUGGUGGGACAUCCUCCUCCACGUCCAGCCCGGGAUGGUCCAGAACCUGGUGGAGAAACUCCACGAGGAGUACAUGCGUCAGAAUGCGGCCCUGCAGCAGGUCCUCUCCACCCGCAUCAUCGCCAUGAAGGCCUCACUCUGCAAGCUCUCCUCGGCCACGGUGGCCCGCGUCUGCGACUACCACGCCAAACUCUUCCUCAGCGCCAUCAGCUGCACCCUCAAGUCGCUGCUCCGACCUCCCGUCCUCAACACCCCCGAUAAAAGCCCUGGCGACCGGCUGACCGAGAUCUGCUCCAAGAUCACGGACGUGGAUAUUGACAAAGUGAUGAUCAACCUGAAGACUGAGGAGUUUGUGUUGGAGAUGACCACCCUGCAGUCUCUCCAGCAGCUCAUCCAGUGGGUCGGCGAUUUCGUCCUCUACCUGCUGGCGAGCCUCCCGAAUCAGGGAUCCGGCCCCGUCCGCCCCGGUCACAGCUUCCUGCGUGACGGGGCUGCCCUGAGCAUGCUGCGGGAGCUGAUGGUCAUGAUCCGCAUCUGGGGCCUGCUGAAGCCCAGCUGCCUCCCCAUCUACACGGCCACCUCCGACACCCAGGACAGCAUGUCUCUCCUCUUCCGGCUCCUCACCAAGCUGUGGAUCUGCUGCCGGGACGAGAACCACCCGAGCGAGCCGGACGACGCCCUGAUGGACGAAUGCUGCCUCCUGCCCAGCCAGCUACUCAUCCCGAACCUUGACUGGCUGCCCGUCAACGACGCCAUCAUGUGCAAACUCCAGAACAAGCAGCCGGUUCGGCUCCAGUUCGGGAAGCCCCCCGCCCUGGCCGGGCACGCCGCUUCGCUCCAGCUGGAUGCCUUCGCCAGGGCCCCUGGGCAGCCCAAGAUCGACCAUCUGAGGCGGAUCUACCUGGGCACGUAUCCUACGGAGGAAUGCAAAUCCUGCACCAGGUGCGGCUGUGUCACGAUGCUGCGCUCCCCGAACAAGGCCACAGCCGUGAAGCAGUGGGAACAGCGCUGGAUCAAGACCUGCCUCUGUGGAGGGCUGUGGAAGCGAAUGCCCCUGGGCUACUCAUGAGCAGGGUGCGCACACCCCCUAUAGCUGCGGAGGAGGGAAGAAGAGGCAGGCGGGCGGGCAGGCAAGCGGGCCCUUUGGCCCACCAAGGGUCUCGGGCAUAGCCCAUAAUUAGGAAAGGGGGGCCACAGAAGAAGCUUCCCAAGGAACAGAAACGCUGGGAUUCCCAGAUGGCUUCAGACAUGAACAAAGGAAAUUUAGAAACACUGUUCCACUGCCAGUCUUUAUCGUGGUGGUGUUUGUGUGUGUGCCUUCACCAGCUAUCACUUGACUACAACUCCCGUCAUCCCCAGGCAGCCUAGUGAGGGAUGAUGGAAUUUGCCAGUGCUGGCAACUUCAUCCUUCGAAAAGCCUAUUUCUGCGCAUUUUUCUUUUAAUAUUGUCAGACCAUGGAUGUCAAUCCACGGAUACUGGUCCCGUGGAUACAGGGGUCCCACAGCACACACCUUUGAUGCCUGGUGAACUCAGAGACUGGCUAUUUGCUCAAUUCGAAUCACCAAUGAUCCCUUCAACCCUGUGAUGACAGAAGCAGGAGCCACAAAGGAUUCAUUGUGGAUCCUAAACUUAGACUCAGCUUCUUGGGCGGGCGUGUGAAAUUACGAGCUGGACCAGAUUGUGCAUUUGCUUCUCAGCAAUCCACCCGUCGGCUGUCACUCUGCUGUUUUUUAUUUCUUUCCCAGAGACUUCACGAGCCCAUGGGUGUGGAAACUUCAUCCCACCUUUGAAAAACUUUUU